AUGAAUGAAAAUGGUGAAGAUAAUUGGCUACGUGUUAGCUACUCGUACCGGCCGCGGCCCGGGCUGGUGCUGGACGACCCGGAGUACAAGCCUGCGGGCGGCAGCCGGCCGCUGGGCAUGGGCCUGGGUUUGGGCCUGGGGCUGGGGCUGGGCGCGCCGCCGCCCAUCGUCACCGCCCCCGCCGGCCGCCCGGGCGAGGUGUUCGACGUGACCGUGUCCGCCGUCCAGGGCCCCGACGGCGGCGGAGGCGGAGGCGGACCCGCGCUGCACACGGGCCGCCCCUUCGUCUACCCAGUAAUGCGGAUUAGUUUAUGUCUCCCAUUGGACUCUCCACAGCGUAGCGGGCAGGUCACAAGCUUUCCACGUCAGGGCAUCCGAGCUCAAACCCGAUCUAUCCAUUUGAAAUUUGCGGUGGAUAGAGCGGUUUUCUGCCAGGUUUUCUGA